GUCCAUGUCCGAUCGUGACGUAGAUCCACAGAUCAGACCGCUGUUCUUAAUCAGUUGAACCACUUGCGGCAGUUGGAUUUUGGUUGACAAUAUUGUUGAGCUUUCGCUCGAGUCUCGACUGUGGUACCGAUUAGAUAAUGACGUCGAUCGUCAUCAAUUGUUAGCUACGUAAUUUCCGAUUACCGUCUACGUAACGCAAAUGUGAUCGAAUAGCGAACUUCCGUUUUCAGUCCGUCGACCUGGGGUCGUCACCACUUGCGAAUUGUUUCGAUCGCACGUACAGCCGAACAACAAUCCGUACGAUUUUUAGUCCACAAUCGCGGAAUAGGUGCUGUGGUCAACAGUUAUGCUGUGUUUGCUGUAACAUAAUGUGCAAUAGCUUUUGCAGAACAACAUGAUGCAUUUUAUGUUACUAUUCAGUCGCCAAGGCAAGCUUAGGCUUCAAAAAUGGUAUGUUGCUCAUCCUGACAAAGUAAAAAAGAAAAUUACUAGGGAACUUAUAACUACUAUUUUGGCAAGGAAGCCUAAAAUGUGUAGUUUUCUUGAAUGGAAAGAAUUGAAAAUUGUGUACAAAAGAUAUGCGAGUUUGUACUUUUGCUGUGCUAUAGAACAGAAUGACAAUGAACUUCUGACUUUGGAAAUCAUUCAUCGCUAUGUUGAAUUAUUAGACAAGUAUUUUGGCAGUGUAUGUGAACUGGAUAUAAUAUUCAACUUUGAAAAAGCAUAUUUUAUUCUUGAUGAGUUAUUAUUGGGUGGGGAGAUACAGGAGACUAGUAAGAAAAAUGUACUCAAGGCUAUAUCAGCCCAGGAUCUCUUGCAAGAGGAGGAGGCAGUCGAAGGCGCUCUGAAAGAGAUUGGCUUGUUAUAAGCACAACCAAUAUUAUUAAUAUUUCAUGCAAACUAAUAACUUGCAUUUUUUACUGUAUUGUUUUUUUUUUGUUUUAUAAAUUCAAACAAUGUCUUUCAUAAAAUAUUAGUCAUUAAGUAAAGUAAGGCCUAUCAGUGAUGUUAAUCAGAAUGCCUCAAAUAAAUAUCAGGAUUUUAAUAUCAACGUUUUAAUUUAACACUAAAAAUACUAA